AUGGCACAGCUGCUAGAUCUCAACUCGAUUAGAUCAGUUCUGGUUAGAUUGGAGGACACUAUAAUAUUCAGCUUGAUAGAGAGGGCGCAGUUCAGCUGCAAUGCUCGCACUUAUCAGCCAUGCGCGUUUUCCAACGAGUUACCAGGCUGGCAGGGCAGCUGGCUUGAUUGGAUUCUUCUCGGUACCGAGGAGUUUCAAGCGAAAGCCAGACGCUACCAAAGCCCAGACGAAUACCCAUUCAGUAAUCCAUCCGACUUGCCUGAUCCGGUACUUCCCCCGCUCGAAUAUGAGCCAGUGCUGCACGAGCCAGCGGUAACCAACGUAAAUGACAAAAUAAUGCAAUUUUAUACCCAAGAAAUAGUACCGUCAAUCACCAAACCGGGCGAUGAUCUUAACUACGGCUCAACCGCUACGAGGGACGUGGAGACGCUGCAGGCUGUAUCGAGGAGGGUACACUAUGGAAUGUUCGUAUCUGAGAGCAAGUACAGAGCGGACGUGGAUACGUUCAACACGGCGAUCAAGGCGAAUGAUGUUAAGACACUGGAAUCACUCAUCACAAAACCCCAAGUUGAAGCAGCUCUGCUUAAACGGUUGGAAAGGAAGGCGAGGCAUUACGGACAAGACGAGAGCCAAGGAGGGAGCAUGCAUGAUAUGAAGGUAGAUCCGGAAGUGGUCGUGAGAAUGUACAAAGACCAUGUCAUUCCACUAACCAAGGUAGUCGAAGUCGAGUAUCUUCUGAAGCGCAUUUGA